UGGGCGGGGCUCCCGGCUGUCACCGCGAUGAGGAGACGCCGCCGCCGUCGCCGCUGGGCCGGUCCGGGGUGCGCCCCUCAGGGGGUGUGAGGAGAGGCCGGGCCCAACCGCAGCUGCCAAACACUAGACGGUGAAAUAAUGGUUUGCUAGCUGUUGGAGCGAGCUCCCACCUUCCACAAUGCCUGUGCAGGCGGCACAGUGGACAGAAUUUCUGUCCUGUCCGAUCUGCUACAAUGAGUUUGAUGAGAACAUACACAAGCCAAUCAGCUUAGGCUGCUCACACACAGUCUGCAAGACCUGCCUGAACAAGCUGCACCGCAAGGCCUGCCCUUUUGACCAGACAGCCAUCAACACUGACAUCGACGUGCUUCCUGUAAACUUUGCACUUCUCCAGUUAGUUGGAGCCCAGGUACCAGAUCAUCAGACUGUCAAACUAAGUAAUCUAGGAGAGAACAAGCACUACGAAGUAGCAAAGAAAUGUGUGGAAGACCUGGCACUUUAUUUAAAACCACUGAGUGGAGGCAAGGGUGUUGCCAGUUUGAACCAGAGUGCACUGAGCCGUCCAAUGCAAAGGAAACUGGUGACACUGGUGAACUGCCAGCUGGUGGAAGAAGAGGGUCAGGUGAGAGCCAUGCGGGCAGCCCGCUCCCUUGGCGAGAGAACCGUGACAGAGCUGAUCUUACAGCAUCAGAACCCUCAGCAGCUGUCUGCCAAUCUCUGGGCUGCUGUCAGGGCACGAGGGUGCCAGUUUCUAGGACCAGCUAUGCAGGAAGAAGCCUUGAAACUGGUGCUGCUGGCCUUAGAAGAUGGCUCUGCCCUCUCUCGGAAAGUACUGGUGCUUUUUGUUGUCCAGAGGCUGGAACCGCGUUUUCCACAGGCAUCGAAAACUAGCAUUGGCCAUGUGGUGCAGCUGCUGUAUAGAGCUUCGUGUUUCAAGGUCACCAAAAGGGAUGAAGAUUCUUCUCUGAUGCAGCUGAAAGAGGAAUUUCGCAGUUACGAAGCAUUACGGCGGGAGCAUGAUGCUCAGAUUGUCCAUAUUGCCAUGGAAGCAGGACUUCGGAUAUCACCAGAGCAGUGGUCGUCCCUCCUUUAUGGUGACUUGGCCCACAAAUCCCACAUGCAGUCCAUCAUUGACAAGCUUCAGUCCCCAGAGUCCUUUGCAAAAAGUGUGCAAGAGCUGACAAUCGUUCUGCAGCGUACUGGCGACCCUGCCAAUUUAAACCGGCUACGACCCCAUUUGGAGCUAUUGGCCAACAUAGAUCCUAAUCCAGAUGCAGCAUCUCCAACAUGGGAACAGCUGGAAAAUGCCAUGGUGGCUGUGAAGACAGUAGUCCAUGGCCUGGUGGACUUCAUUCAGAACUAUAGUCGGAAAGGCCAUGAAACACCACAGCCACAACCAAAUAGCAAAUACAAAACCAGCAUGUGCCGGGAUCUGCGACAACAAGGCGGGUGUCCACGUGGGACAAACUGCACAUUUGCUCACUCUCAGGAAGAGCUAGAGAAGGCGGCAGCUUUUUCAAUGAGAGCUGAAGGCUGUUUGAAAGAGGGACCGGUGCUUGUGAGACAUACGCUUGCCCCACUUCUGCCUCUGAUCAACAGGUAUCGACUGAGGAACAAGAAGAUGAGUGCCACAGUGCGGACCUUCCCACUGUUAAGCAAAGCCAACGUAACCAGCACUGUCGCCACCACAGCAGGAAGUGUCAUUUCCAUCAUAGGAAGCGCAGAAUCAGCAGGGAAGGUAGCCCCUAGCACCAACGGGAUCACGAGCCUGGAAAGUGGCCUGCCGCAGCUGAUUCCACGUUGUGCCGACACCUCUUCUCUAAGGGCUCUGGAGAACGUGAAGAAAGCAGGGAAGGCUGGAACCAACUGUCACAGUGUCUCUGGGUCUCCAACAGAUCCUCUGCCUGAAAAUAAAAUUGGUUCUCCUCCAAAGACUCCUGUCAGUCAGGCAGCAGCUGCCUCAGCAGGCCCUCCACCUCCUCCUCCUCCACUUCCUGUUGGCACAGAGAUGGGCUCCAUGCCUCCCAAGUCCAGCCCUUUCGCACCAAGAGUGCCUGUCUACCCUCCACACUCUGACAACCUGCAAUAUUUUCAAGAUCCCCGGGCCCACCUGUCCUACGAAACUCCACAAUACCCACAAGCAGGUUACUACCCACCACCGCCAACGGUCCAGGCCAGUGUAGGUCCCUGCCUCCCUCGCUUUGUUCGGUCCAGCAACGUUCCAGAGCCCCCACUUCCACCUGCUUCCAUGCCCUACAGUGACCAUUACAGCACUUUCCCCCCUCGAGACAGGCUGAGUUCUCCUUACCAGCCUCCUCCACCGCAGCCAUAUGGGCCAGUCCCUCCUGUUCCGUCUGGAAUGUACGCCCCCGUCUAUGACAGCCGGCGGAUCUGGCGGCCACAGAUGUACCCACGGGAUGACAUCAUCAGGAGUAACUCCUUACCUCCCAUGGAUGUUGUGCACCCCUCAGUCUAUCAGACCUUUUUGCGAGAAAGAUACAACUCUUUGGACAGCUAUUAUUCCAUGGCUUGCCAGCUGCCGGCUGAGCAAAGGACAGUGCCUUUGUCAAGGGAACCUUGUGGCCACUUGAAGCCCAGUUAUGAUGACCCACUAAGGAGGAAGCCAGAGCAGUGGGCCCAGUGCCACCCACAGAAGACUCCCCUGGUGUCCUCUGCCCUUCCCACGGCUACACAGUCUUCGACACCACCUUCUCCUCUGUUCAGCGUAGACUUUAGUGCAGAAUUCUGUGAAAGUUCGGCUGACUUAAGCAACACCAAGUACGAGGAUGACCGCCUCUCCCACUACUCACCCUGGUCCUGUGGCACGAUCAGCUCUUGCAUAAGUGCCAUUGAAUCGGAGCCCAAGGAUGUCAUUGCCAACUCCAGUGCAGUGCUUAUGGAUCUGGACAGUGGCGACAUGAAGAGACGGGUACAUCUGUUUGAAACCCAACGAAGGGCCAAGGAAGAAGACCCCAUAAUUCCAUUUAGCGAUGGGCCUAUUAUCUCCAAAUGGGGUGCAAUCUCCCGGUCAUCCCGCACAGGUUACCAUACAACAGACCCAAUUCAGGCCACUGCUUCCCAAGGAAGCGCUACAAAGCCAAUCAGCAUGUCAGACUAUAUCCCUUAUGUCAGCACUAUUGAUUCAAGAUGGAGCUCCUACAGUUCAGAUUCUACUUCAUCAGCACCCUUUAUAGAACGGGACCGGUUCAUAGUUACUGAGAUAUCUGCCCCAAGAAAGCAUUCCAGCACUGGAGAUCUACUGAGCAUCGAACUACAGCAGGCCAAAAGCAACUCAUUGCUACUUCAGAGAGAGGCAAAUGCUCUGGCCAUGCAGCAGAAAUGGAGCUCUUUAGAUGAAGGCAGCCAUCUCACCUUGAACCUCUUAAGCAAGGAAAUUGAUCUGAGGAAUGGAGAGACAGACUACUCAGAAGACAGUGCAGACACAAAGCCAGAUCGAGACAUAGAGUUGGAACUUUCAGCCCUGGAUGCUGAUGAGCCUGAUGGGCAAGUGGAACAAAUGGAAGAGAUUCUGAGCCUACAGCUCGGGAUCAGUGAUCAAGAUGAUCAUCUGUUCAAUGGGUCAGCUCUGGAGAAUGGCCACCCGUUGGAGCAGUCCCAGGAGCCCAGGCAGCAGAAGAGGGCCAGCUUAGGUGAAGACCUUACUAUUCAGGGAGAAGCAAAAAACAAUCCUGCCCGUGACUUCCUGCUUCAGCCAGCCAAUGGCUUCCUCUAUGGGCUCCCUGCCUGUUACAACUUCUGCUGGCAUGGGCAGCCUCAUUCUCAAAACGGCUCAUGUUAUGGUGGAUGGGAAAAAUGACUUUUUAAGGCCAGUUACAAAUGGGAAGUUGGUGAACAGCUGAGAGGUGUUCUGCUUUCAAGCUUGUGACCAUGCUACGGAAGCAUCUACCCGUGCUUUUUAUAUAUAUAAUAUAUAUUAUAUAAUGUAUAUUUUUUUUAAGAAAAUACUAUUGGGGUCAUCUGUUUCCUGUGGACUCUUUGAUACGUCAAGGCCCUCUCAAAAUAGCAUUCUGGGAAAGAAAAAAGAAAUCACCAAUUCUGCUAGGAUCAGGUGUUCGCUUUCCAUGAGUGGUAGAAUUUGGACAUUGUUUGACUUAAGCUUAAAGCAGCUUUUUAAUGAGUUCAUAGAAGUCCAGGGUACCAAUUGAGCCAUUAUUGUUUUAAAAUGGCUCCCCUAGGGAAAUUAAUGAGUCACUUAUUUAAGCCAGCAGGAUCCUCAGGCAAUGCACCUUGAGGAAGUAGAACUAACUCAUUUUGCCUCAUUCUUGUUUCACAGGAGAGGAAUUUUGCAUCUGGCUGCAGCUGCUUGUUUCUCCAGCUGUGGAACCUUUGCGUGAAAGUGUGUGAAAGAAAGAGAGAGGGUGGGGUUCUUCUUACCACAAGACUUUUAAUUCAGGGUUGAAACAGUUCUUUGUUUUUGUAGGGAGGUUUUCCAUUUUGCACUCCUACAUUAUAUGCAGCAGUGCCUCACUUUGCAUCUUCAUUCCCACCCCCCAGUCUCCCCCAUCCAACCCAUCCUUUUCUGCUUGAGGACUUGAUAUUUCCAUAUAUCAAGCAACUUGUACAAAUUAUAGAAUGCAAAACCAAGUGCCUGAGUCUUUUCGCUUACGUGCUCGGUCUGACUGCUCCAAGUUGUAAGCUGAAUUGCUACGUUCUGUUUUGUUAACAUAAUGUGCUCAUUCUGUGGAUGCUGUUCUGAGGAGGCGGUCCCUUAGCACAGUCCCCAGGUGACUUGGCAUCCGGAGCCUCAAGGAUUCCUGGCAAAACCUUGUAUAUGUUGUGUUUGCACUGACUUAACAACACAGUAUUGCUGUUGCUAUACUUGAUUAGCAGUUCUUUAGAUGCGCCUGAUGUUGUUGGUUAUAGUAUUACUGAGAACCCUUGGUAAUUGGGUUGCUUAUUGAUUAUUCUGACAAGGCCUUGAACUUAUUAAUAAUAUAGCUUUAGCUGAGCUUGUACAAAGAAAAUGAAUAAAUGUGUCCUCUGAAGAUAUGACUGGGAAGGAAGAAAAAAAUAUCAUUUGGUAGAAAUGAUCAACUGAAAUAAUACAUCCUCACCUUCAAUGCUAGCAUUUGAGCCAUUCCCCCCCCCCUCUUUGUUUAACUAACAUGGCCACUCUGAAGUUAGAACGGCAAGAGGACUCUGGCAAAAUAACUUCUCCUAGUUUGCCCUCUGCAAUUCCUUUUACAAUUUAUCUUUUACAAGUUUUACAGUUCUCUUUUUUUUUUCCUAAGUGUUUGUUAAUUAACUUCUGUGAAGUUGUUUACUCUGAAAAAUGUACUGGAAUAUUUUAGCCAAGCGGAACUUCUGCCAGGUGUACUGUACACGAGGGCUAUUCCUGCUAGCAAAUGGCUUUAAAUGAAAAAAAAAAGACUAUCAUGUUACUGGCAAAACAGAGUUGUUAAUAUUCCAAUGGCAGCUCUGGACGUGGGAUAAAGCUUUUUGAUAACCAUCAUGUGUGUAUUUCUUCUGGGGCUGGGGUGGGUGGGUUGGGACUGGCAUUUCCCUGAGGGUUGCAGAUGUAACUUGGAUCAAUUUUUUUUUUAAAUAUCUCUCAUGACUCACAGGGUCAUAAAAAUUAUAUUGUAAAUACAAACUGAAAAUUCAAGGACUGUUUUUUUUAAUAUAUAUAUAUAUAUAUAUAUAUUCCAGUAAUGUUGUGGAGGCUCUUGCCUACUUAUUUAAAUACAAAAGCUCUUUGUAAGUGACAGCCAAAUACCGCCUCUUAAAUUCCCUUGAAUUCUCUAGCAUCUUCUUCACCUAGUUGCCCCACCUCACUUCUGCAGUGACGCAAACAAGGCAACUAGAAACUGCUCAGAUCUUUUUUUCUUAACGUAUCUCUUCACCUUACCUUGUGACUGUUAAGAGAUUUUGAUGUGGAAUGUUACACGUUCAUCUGCCACAGCUGUGCUCUCAAUCUAGCUGGGCCAUUCUGUAUAUAUGAAUUUAUAUAUCACAUUUGAAAUGCUUCCAGAACAAUUUCAUUUGCGCUCUAUGUACCUUCAAUAUAUAUAUAUAUGUAUAUGCAAACUGAUAUAUCUCUUACAUGGAUAUUUAAACAGUGAGAUUUUCCAUGUUGAAGGUUGAUGUAAUUUUCAAAAAAUGCUAUUUUGUUACAAAAAUAGAGAAAUAUUAAAAAGUUCAAGAGAUCCUUCUAUUUUGCCCUCAGGGAAAUCGUCCUCUGUGAACCAGAAUGCCACCUCACAUCUUCAGCCCAAUCUGAGGGUGGAUAUUACAAUACCUAAAUAGCUCUUGCGAAUUUUAACUUCUUAGUUUUAAAUGUAUGUAAUUUUUUUUAAAGACUGUUGUGCUCUGCAGGAUGAAGGGAUUUUGAGGCAAUUGUUUACAAAUCUUUGUCUGUUUCUCCAGUGAGAUUACAUUGGCAGAAAACCCCAUUCCUGCUGUUUACCAGCAUAAGAAUGAGCUCACUUCUUGUUUGUUUGUCUAGUGAUGGCAGCAAAA